GCCCCCCCCCAUGUUUUGGAGUGGUUUAAUCCAAAGGACUGUUGCAACGCUUAGAGACGAACAAACACAUUGAAUAUAUUAUAAACCGGUGGUUGUGUGGAGCACAGAGAAGGCGUUAUAACCUUCAAUAAGGUGCAUUCUGCUCGUAUUUGAGGCAGAACUACGCGGAGAAACGGAUACAAGAGGACUUUAGAGACUCCGUGUGUGGUUUACAGGACUUCACGUUGCUGUGCGGUUUGGUUUCCUAAAGCGUCUGAAUCUUUAUCUCUCUUCUUAUUUGAGAAAACAUGCAUUUUUCUAUCCCUGAGACGGAGGUUCGUUCUGGAGAAAACGGCUCUACGUUUGUGGCCUACAACAUCCACGUCAACGGGGUCCUGCACUGCCGUGUGCGCUACAGCCAGCUCCUAGGUCUGCAUGAACAGAUCAAGAAAGAGUAUGGAAACAAUGUGGUACCUGCCUUCCCCCCUAAGAAGAUCUUCACCCUCACACCAGCAGAGGUGGAGCAGCGUAGAGAGCAGCUGGAGAAGUACAUGCAAGCUGUGCGUCAAGAUCCCCUGCUGGGAGCCAGCGAAUUAUUCAACAGCUUUUUAAGAAAAGCUCAACAGGAGACACAACAGAUCCCCACUGAAGAGGUCCAGCUGGAAGUGCACUUAUCCAACAGCCAGAAGGUCAAAGUCAACAUCUUGACAUCAGACCAGACUGAAGACGUCCUUGAGGCAGUUGCAUCGAAACUGGAGCUGCCUGAUGAUUUGGUGGGCUAUUUCAGCCUCUUCCUAGUGCAGGAUGGGGUAAAUCGCGGCUGCACAUUCGUGAGGAAGCUGCAAGAGUUUGAGCUGCCCUACGUGUCGGUCACCAGCCUGCGCAAUCCCGACUAUCACAUCGUCCUCCGCAAAAGUUAUUGGGAUUCAGCAUAUGACGGUGACGUAAUGGAGCAUAGUGUCGGUCUUAACUUGUUAUACGCUCAGACGGUGUCUGACAUCGAGCGAGGCUGGAUACUGGCCAACAAAGACCAGCACAGACAGCUGAAAUCCUUGCAGGAGAAAGGCUCAAAGAAAGAGUUCAUCAGAUUGGCUCAGACCCUGAAGUACUUUGGCUACAUCAAGUUUGAUCCCUGCAUCACGGAUUUUCCUGAAAAAGGAUGCCACGUCAUCGUCAGCGCCGGCAACAACGAGCUCAACUUUCACGUCAAACUGCCCAACAACCAGAUGAAGGAAGGCAGCUUCAAAGUCACACGCAUGAGGUGCUGGCGAGUCACUUCUUCACAAGUCCCAGUGUCCAAUGGCACCGCUAACCCCUGCACCGCUGGCAAGUGUGAGGUCAAACUGGAGCUGGCCUUUGAGUAUCUGAUGAGCAAAGAUCGUCUGCAGUGGGUCACCAUCACGAGUCCACAGGCAAUCAUGAUGAGCAUCUGCCUCCAGUCCAUGGUGGAUGAGCUGAUGGUGAAGAAGUCUGGGGGAAGCAUUAAGAAAAUGCAGAAGAAACGUCAUAACGGAUCCAUCCAUCGUUCGAACAGCCAGCAAGCUGUGAAGUCUCCUCCAUUACUGGAUUCUCCUGAAUCGAAUCGGGAACAAGUAGUCAAGCUCUCGACAAAGCUGAGUUCCGUCUCGGUGCGAGGGAUCAGCGCCUCAAACUCGGCUAACGAUCUCAGCGGCAGCGAUUUUCACGGAAACUAUGCUUUCGAGGGCAUCGGUGAUGAAGACCUGUGAUUCUCCACUCAUACCGAAGCACAGGACAGCUGAGCCAAGCCGAGCAGGUUCGAGUGGAGGGGCCUCGUCCAAUUCUGCAAUAUUCGAACACACCGCGUUUCUCCAGUUGUCCAAACCAUCCGUACAAGCCACAAAUGAUCAUGGGUGAGGCUCUUGCCGGUAAUGAGGCGUCAGCUUGGAUAGGUGUAGCACAAGCACAGUAGAUUGUGCGCAAAUCCCAACCUACGACAAACAAAAUUCCAGAUUGAACAGAAAUAUUGAAGACGCACCGACAAACUGUAUUAAAAAUAAAACAGUGCCCAUUCCUGAUCAUAAUCCCACCCUGACAUCCUCGUAGUAACCGGGUGUCUCUGCUAGCUUCUGUUGCCAGGAUGUGUGUCGUAUCUACAUCACAAUUUGGAGUGCAAAAGCAUCGAAUCCAUCAUCUCAUUUCAUUCCUUUAAAAAAAAAAAAACCCAUUCAAUAUUUAUCCUCUGGCACCCUUUAAGCAUUCACAGUGACGCAUAGAUUUGGGUUUAGUUCCUGCAUCCAUGAAAGGAAACUUACUGGUUGUGUCAAAAAAAAAAGAAAAGAAAAAAAAAAGCUGCUUGUGAUAUUAACCUCUACUUCCUUUUUAGAGACGCAAAGCUGUGCUUUCUCAUCCUCUACGCUGUAACCAAUGAUUAAACAUUAAACGCCGUCUCCAGCUGAACGCCACAGCAAAAGCAGAUCUGACCGCACCGAUCUGUGCUAAAGUCAGCGGCCUAAAACUCUCCAUAGAUUUUGGGUUUAAUCGAACGGCUGCAUUUCAUCGGUUACAGACUUCACGAGGAAUUGCGGCCUUCAUGUGCAGAGUGCCAAUCCUUGCCAUUAAUUAAAAAAAUAAUAAUAAUUUGAUUAUCUAACAGGGUUUUUUUUUUUGUUUUGUUUUUUUUGAAGUGUUUUUUUCAAACUCAACGUCAUCGCUUCACAAGUAGUGAAUAUUGUUAUACGGGUUCCGAACAAAAACCUCAGUCUAAUUAGAUCAUCCGUCACAUAAAGAGCCACAGCAGCCUUUGUGUUGGCUUGCCCCCCCUAAACCCCCCCCCCCACUACUUUAUAGCCUUACAGUAAUCAAUCGCCUCACAUUUCAAACUUGUCAGUUUUUUGGGGUUUUUUUUAGUUAUUAUUAGUCGUUUCAGUGUUAAGUCCAUGUAAGCUCUGUUGAGAAAUCUGGCAGAAUAUCGAGAGUGUUCUGUUAAUGUUCACUUGCACAUGCUGAACCUAUGACUUUGCACAGUAUUCCACAGACAAAUGGCAUCAUUCAACACAGAAACCAUUCUGAACCAUAUGUGCAUGGCGUUGAAGAUUUUUUUUAUUUUGUUUGUUUUUCCUUUUCAUUUCUCAUCUCGUCUUUUUCCGACCGAUAUUUUGUGAAAGGUUUCUCAUAAAUGCCAAAAUUCUAGUUUACUUAAAAGCAUUUUGCACAAAAGAAACAUUUUAAAAAUCAUAGUCAACUUUUUUUUAUAUAAAUGUACCUGCAAAUAAAAAGUAUUCUGAAGUAUUCAUUUUACUAAUAUGUAUUAUCAUUAGUAUAUUAUAAAUAUAAUCAAAUGCAGUCAACUCUUUAAAAAAAAAAAAAAGAACAUGCGGCCGUUUACAGAACUGUAGGAAAUUAAAGUGAGUAGAAUUUGAAUGAACAGUGUUUACAAAUUCCACAUCUGCAUUUCAAUGACUCUUUUCCUCAUUCCACAUUGAAAUCAUUUUAAAACCGAUGGAGAAUUCUGUGCUUUACAAACUCCAUCGUCGUGAUCGUCUCAGCGGACCAGCUGGGGGGAAAAAAACAUUUCAGGCUGCUGUUUUUCAGACUUUGCAAAACUCUGGCAAAACUGUCAGUCUUUCAUCAACGGCGAGAACGAGACCGAUCCGAGCGAGAUUUGUCUGACUUGAGCUCGUUCUCCCGUAGAGCGAAUGUGUUUUCUGACUUCUGCUAACGGGGGCGUCCGCUGCAGUCUGUUUACCGGCAAAUCUACAAGGGGUUAUCGGUGUAUAUUCUUAACGUCACACAGCCUAGCAGUUCUUUUCAACAAAUUUCUAAAGCUAUGUCAUGGAUUUCAAUAAAUGUAAGUGCCAAAUCUCUGCA